GUAUCGUCGCUCACUAACAGGCAUCUCUUCAGCGCUCCGAUUUUCUGCGACGGUCUAUAUCCGACAUUCGGCGACCUUCUCACGGUAUUGAGAGGAUUACCCUGAAAGGUUGAAUAGAAGUGGAAGUCAUAGUUAUAGUAAGAGACGUUUAUUCGGCUUUGUCGAGAAGCGUUGUCUUAUCUAACUGCAAAGAUGGCAACCGUCAAAUUCGACGAUCUUGCUCUGCAGUAUGUCCUCACAGAUGAAAAUUCCCAGGAGCAGGAAAUAUCGGAGAAGGCGGCUGCAGCAAUUGAACAAUCCACCAACACCAGAAUAACCGUCGGCCAGUGGGUCGCCUCUAUAAACCGAUGGAUUCAACCGGGCGAUGAUACAAGCGAUGAUAACUUCAUUGCCCGUGCGAAAGCGUUGGACUUUCUAGCUAGUACCCUUGGGGUACUUAACAAGAAAGAUGUCUCUUUGAAAGCUGAUCAAGUCAAGCUCUUAGUGACUUUCUUCGGUUCACUCUUUUCAAGCGACCAUCGUGCAGGGGUCACAGCUUCAGCAAAAGCAUUGAGACACCUAGUUCACAUGAAAUCAUUCCAGCCCACUUUGGGAGAUGAUAUAAUCACAAAUGUCUGCAAAUUGGGUGAGGAUUUCAAGCUACAAGCACCAUCAACACGUCUAGAGCUCUACGAGCUAUUCCUGGAACUUUUACAAGAUCCUACUGUGGCUAAUGAUCUUGAAUAUCGCCAUGGAAAUACCUGUGGCUUCAUAACCAGCCUUCUGGACCUAUGCAGGAACGAAAGAGAUCCACAGAAUUUGAUGAAGUGGUUCGAGACCCUGAAAACGUUCCUACAGAAUUUCUCACCUUCAGAGGAUGUAACAGUGGAAGUUUUUAAGACCUUUUCAGCUUAUUUCCCUAUUUCCUUGAGAGCAUCAGCCGCUCCAUCGGGCAUUACAGCCGAUGACCUGAAAAAUGCUGUGCGUUCAUGCUUCGCUGCACAUUAUCGUGUCGCCGGCCACGCUAUACCUUACCUCAUCAAUAAACUUGACCAAGGGGAUGCGGUUACUGUUGCCGUUAAAAUUGACAUUUUGCAAACGCUGGAUGCAUGCUUAUCGCAAUAUGACCAUCCUAAGCAGAGCGUCGUUCCAUUCGUUGACCAGAUAUGGAGCUCGCUCAAAUAUGAGGUUCGCAAUGGAGAGAUCCCUGACACAAUUAAAGCCACCCUGAAAGUCAUUAGAUCUCUCACAACGAGACUUGAUGACGAUGAACUUCGGUCAUUCUUAGCAGACGCAUGGAGAGAUCUAGAUGAGGACUUAUCUAACCCGACCUACACAGCUCAGGCUGGCCGACUAUUGGUCGCAGUUGCUGGAGCUACCCUUCAGUCCUUCGCAAGCAUUACUUCUCAGGCUAUUCCUCAUAUCCAAACAACACUGAGGCAUACUCAAUCCUCGUCGCACAAACAGGAGUUAGUGGCGCUACUGAACUCGAUUCUCGCCGUACGAUCGCAUUUAGUUGACACCUUGAAGGAAGACGCAAACAUUGAUAGAACCGAACCUUUGCUCAAAGAUGAUCUUUUUGGCGAUCACCUCUUCUUUAAAGUCUACCUCCCUCUGUGGGAGGAGGCUUCGAACAGCCAGGCGGCCCCUGAGCAAAUCAACGUACUCAAAAAGGUUAUGGAAGGACUCGCUGUGCUUGUAGGUCAGCAAUCGAGCGGCGCAGGCCCUUCUGAUCGACUAUGUUCUGCUUCCACUUGCGAGAGGGUCUUUAACUGGCUUGCAAGCCCAUCUGUGAUCUAUCCCUUAGAAGGGAAACGACCUACCGGAGGACAUCCUACUAGCGACACUGACCAAGACGUCCGUGAUGCUGCUGUUGCGGCGCUAAAGGAAGCUGUACCUUUAUACCCUCCUGCGUUCCAACUCUUAUUGCAACAAUACCUUUCAUCAUUGAAAGUGGCGUACCAGCAGCAGCUUGCGUUACACGACCUUCAUCUAGAAAUCAAACUGGUUGCAAGUACGCUGUGUGAGGUUGGCUGCUCGAACAAGGAACUGCCGCUGUCAAAUCCGAUCACUCUGAUAAAUACUUUACUCGAAGGGCUGUUGUGGAUACUAUCGGAACAGGCACCGCCCAAGUACUGGACGGCAUUCAUAUGCUCCAUCCAUCUUUCUGUCGUGCAGUCUUUAAGUUCAAUACCAAAGCAAAACUCCGACUCAAAACCACUGUCCCAGGAACUCAUGAAAUCAUGGUAUACGCAAUUUACCAAAACCCUCGAAAAUGCUGGGACUUCUCAGCUCGAUUUAGAUAACCCGGGAAACUCUAGUCUACUGGCUAAGACCCUAGACAAAGGACUGCAGGCACAGGGCGCCGAUGUUCAUCAGCAAUUAUGGGCGUAUUCUCUGUCAGUUGUGGGACAGUUAUACCGUCGCUUCACUACGGCACAUUUCCAAACAGGUGAUACGGGUUCUGUGUUGCAUAUAGGUCUAGGCGAAGAUUUCAAAAGGGAAAAUGGCCUUGUCGCCGAACAAGACAUAACCCUGCAUCAACUCGGUUUCUUGGCCACAUCGGUCAUUCGAGCUUUGAGCGAAACCGAGCAGACAGCCUUGGAAUUGGGCGGGGACGCAUUUAUCCUUUUCCAUGGUGUUAACAAUACUGAUCAACAAAUAAAUUCACUAGUGACAACUGCUAAGAUAAGCCCACUGGAUGAAUUCCGUACGGCACCGUUGACAAUGGGAGUCCUGCAAGGCUUACAUCCCGGUGUGUUGAGUCCGGAGCAUCACAUCAGUGCUCUAAAGGACCUUUGCAGUAUCCUAACUACAGCCCCGUCUCCUUGUUCAGACACAACAAGAGCCGCGCUAGACAUAAGUUUUACAACGUUGUCGAACAAACUCCGCCUAGAAAAUAACAACAAUAGCACGGAGUAUUUCCAGAUUCAACAAGGUCUAAUAAGUACUUUGACGAACAUCUGGAAUAAGACCUCAGGAUCUAACUUGGAUAUACCUACGGGCCUUCGUAUUUUCCGCAGCGUUCUUUACUUUUUGGCUGGUGACGUAACAAGGUUCCGGACAAGCCCCGAUACGCAUAAUUCGUUACUUAAGAUGGUGUGCGAUGAGGCACCAUUACGACCUACGAUAGGCCGCCAGCUUGCGAGAAAUUUCGAGGUCUUAGUAAGCCCUAAAGAGUGUCUUGAGAAGGAAAACCAUGCUAUCCGAAAACGCAUGAGUGGUGGGUGGUUGUACUUCAAAGCUGUCCAGCCUUAUUUGAAGGAUUGCUUCCCGAACUCGGGCUUGGAUGAGACGGCAACUGUCAACCGUGCUGUGGCAACCUUCGCGAUCCUCAAGCACCUGAAGUACGAGCAAUACGCUAGCGAUAUCAGCCAAAUUGUUCGUGUCGGGAUCCGCUCCCUGUCAACUUUCGACACCGGCAUCGAAAUGGAAUCCUGCCUGAGCGUUCUUCUCCAGAUCCUCGAGAAAGAACCAGAUGCGCUUAAAGAGCACCUCGCCGGCUUGAUUACGGGUAUGGCCGCCGUAUACGAAACAGCGAGAAAAAUUACCAAAACUACGAAUUUACCGGAAGAUACUGCAGCACCUAAACCUAAAGCAAAGGAGCGUGUCAUGUGCCGAAAGUUCGCGUUGGAAUUCUUCCAGAAAUUGCCGCAAGCUUACGAGACGCAGUAUCUCGUGCCGUAUCGUCAGCAACUGCUGCGUCCUCUGUCGGUGGCUUGUGGCGAUUCGGUUAGGGAGAUUCGACGUACGGCGUUGGCGGCUAGGAAGGCUUGGGAGGCUCUUGCUUGAAGUGGGCUAUUGCCGUGUUAUGAGGUUGGGCUAGAUGAUGAAAUUAGGUAGUCAGGUCAUGACCGAAUGCAAAACUAGCUUCUGCUGCAGAGCGAAAUAAUGAAAAGCUAUGAAGACGUUCCGAAUCUGCGUGUACGAUGUGUAAUUCGGA